AUGAAAUCUGUAGGCAGAAAUAGUGACGAAAUUCUGAAGGCAUUAAGACCUGGGGACCAUCAUGCCGAAUCUAAAACGUUUGACCUAGCGAAUGAGAUUAAUGACACCUUCUGGUCUCCAUUGGCUGAAUUUACAACCUUGACUUCGGACCGCUAUCGCGAUUUGUUCUCCGUAAUAACAAAUGAAGAACCCACUAUCACGGUCACUACAGGGGACGUAUUUGAACAAAUCUCUACGCUGAACCCCAAGAAAGCUCACAGCCCCGAUG